UUACUAGAAAAAUCUCAAUGUUCGAGGUUCAACAAAAUAAAAGUCUCAUUGGGUUUAAAGGAGAUAUGAGCUCCAAAUUUGAGCAAAUGAGGAUCGGAGUAACAGAUCUCAGAUCAAGAGUCGAUUACAAGCUUAAAGAGAUGAACGAUGUUAUGAAUAAGAUCUCUGACCUCUUUAAACUUCCGAAAAGGUUCGCUGAAGAAAUUAGCAAAAAUACAGCAGAAAUAAAUCUUCUCACAGAUUCUAAGCUGCACAAACUUGAGAACCAUAUGGAUAUCAAAGUCAAAGAUUUCAUUGAGGAAAACACUUUGAAUCACAUAGAGCCAAAACUGAGGAAGACCAAAAUUUUGAUUGAAGAAUGUAACCUUGAGUUUAAGGACUUUCAAAAAUAAAUUACACAACCAAGAGUGCAAAGUCGAGCAACAAUUUUCAGAUGUCAGCCAGAAAAUAACUGAUACUAACCAGUUUUUGGAACUUCAAGACUCUGAUAUAGAAAAGAUCAAGACAAGUAUUCGAGAGACCAGAGAGAAGAUUCCUUCCCAACAACAAAUCCAGAGCAUGGUCGAUGCUUGUAGCAAUAAGCUCCAGAGAAAUAUUUGUGGAGUAUCCGAGGCUCAAAAUGGUGCAAGUUUGUAUAAUCUCUAGACCUGAGUGAAAAAUUUGAUUGACUCAGUGCUACCCAAAAAGAAUGAAUUACUAGCAAAGAUGCUGUAAAUUACAUCGGAGAAGUUAAGGAACAAUUAGAAGAAGACAUUAUAAAGUCUGCUCAAGACCUUGAGUCAAAAUUUCUAGAGAUAGAUGACAGAAUAGACGUAAUUCAUGAUGAAAUUGACCAAAGUCCUAUUAAAAAUUAUCCUUCACCUAUCAAGAGGAGGGGAUCUCACUUCUUCCGUAAGAAGAAGGGUUUUGAUGGACAAGGAUCCAAUGUACUUGAAGAAGACUUGCAAAACCUUGAGGAAAAAGUCAACUUCAAAAUUGAACAAACCAGAAUGUCUAUGAUUAACCAGCUUGAAAAAGGAAACCAAAUGUCAAAAGACAUUGAAGACAUAAAAGUACAACUAACGGAGCUAUGCCCAAGAGCUCUGGUUGAUGAAAACAAUGAAAGCCUGAGAGAAGAAUUUGAGAAAAUGAGACAUGAAAUAAAGAUAUCAAAAAUCAGAUCAAAACAUUCUGGUAGAGCUACUAGUACUUAUUUUGACGAUUUCAAGAAUUUUAUCAGAGACAACAAAUCAAUAUUCUAUAAAGAUAAUAAAAUCAUCAGAAAGAAAUUUAAUAAUGAAAUCAUCAGAAAUAGUGGUCGAAAUUCAUCGUUUGAUAAAGAUGGAAAUGAGUUAUUUAAGAGUCUAUCUCCAAAUGAUUCCUUAAUCCACAAUCCCAAUCAAAGUGUGAAUUAUUCUUUUCAUGAAAACAACAACAGGAAACCUAUCAAGAUCCUAGGUUUGUCUCUUAGAUAACAAUCUAGACAAACAUGAUUUUACUCCAUCUGUCUUAAAUGCCUUUACAAUUGAUGAUGAACGAGCUAACAUCCCUAGAGUAUCGACAGGUUUUCCUUCUCCAAACUUCAGUUCUAUCCCUGGAGUUGAUAUCUUCAAGUCAAAAAGAAGGAGAAUAAGGUUUAAGGAACCUAAAUUUGCUAAAUAAAGGGUAUUUGUCACC